UCCGACACCCCCGUUCGCGAUCACGAUCACAUCGUCAGUUCGGAAAUUUUAAAGUUACGAUCGUAGUUCGAGACUAGUGACUCGUUAAAAAAGCAGCGGUUUUCAUUCGCGAUCUCGUCUUUCAACAAGUGGCAUUUUUUCGUUUGAUCGAGUGAUUUUCAUUUCGAUUUUUCUGAUUUUUCAUGCACGAUAUUCCUGAUGCUAUAUCAUACAUUCAAAAAAUGCCUUUGCACGUAGAAAAAGAAAAAGAAAUGGGAGAAAUUUCAGCAACGCCGGCUUUUUUGGCAGUACAGAGAAGACGGAGCAGCAGCAGCAGUAGUAGCGGCAGCAACAGCAGCGGUAUUAGCCAACGAUCGACUGCGGCAACGGCAUUGUCAUCGGCAACAAUUGUAACCGCAAUACCGCGAAGACGAACGAGCUACGGCGGCGGAGGAGGUCGUUGCUGUAACGGACACGAAUUAAACAAUUGUUUUUGUUUGGAAGAUGAAUACGCCGGAACAAACUCUUCUGUGGACACUUCCUGUACAUUAGAAUUUUCUGACGAAAGCAGCUGUAAACUUACUAACGAUAACGAUAAAAAAGAAAUGCUCCUAUCGAAGAAAAGUAAACGUACCGCAAAAGUUAGAAGAAGCACACGAUGCAGAAGUCCCACACAGGUAAUGAAAAUUAAAAAGCAUCGCAGACUGAAAGCGAACGAUCGCGAAAGGAAUCGCAUGCACAUGUUGAACGAAGCUUUAGAAAGACUACGUUGUGUGUUACCUACGUAUCCGGAAGAUACGAAACUUACCAAAAUAGAAACUUUAAGAUUCGCACACAAUUAUAUUUUUGCUCUAAGUCAAAUGUUGCACAUGGUCAAUCAGCCGGAGCAAGAUCAAGUCACACUGAACGUUGGAAAUAUCACAGUAUCCAUAGGAAUAGACGGCAAUAAGAUCACGUCGACAUCUGGUAGUUGCGCGAUCGCUCAUCAACGAAGAACUCUAGAUCAUACGCGUAAAAAUGAUACGCCAGACGUCAACGCGAACGGUAGCGCCGAAAGCUACGAAAAGUUCUACCCCAAGUUGGUGACGCAAGCGCAGGAAGCGCGAACCAAUUGCUCAAUAGACAGUUACAAUCGCGACUCAGCCGAUUACCAAUUGAUGAAUUGUGAUAUGGACGACGACGAAGACGAUGACGACAAUGAUGGCAGCGGCGGCGAUUGGUUGGAACAAGAUUCCAAUGGUUCUCUUUCGCUUAGCGGAUCAGAAUUUAGUUCUACUGUAGACAAUACCGUUGCAUAUAGAGGAGGUGCUUUGGAUUUAUACACGACAGGUUGUAAUCCAUACGCGCAAUUUACGUCGUUCGAUAAUAACAGCAAUUUUAAAUAUUCGCCCAAACAAAUAUUUCACUGUUUGUAAAAUCCGUACUCGAUUCGUACAACAUGGGAUUUGGGAUGAACGAAUAAUCGAAUAAUCACUCAUAGUCAAUUGUGCCGGAAUUCCUCCUCUCGUUCUUCCAAAUGGCGAAGGCCAGCUAACCCUCGAACCACCGAACCACUUUCUAGACUUUGGCGAAGUGCAUCCAUGUUUUUAGGAAGUACUCGUCAGACGAGUACCUCCUAUGUUCCUGAAAGGUCAUGUAUGUAUCAUGUAUCAUGUAAUUCAUGUACCUCCCUCCACCUACCGUAAAACAUGUAAGUAAGUUGUUUACGCUCGACAGGAGAGUAGGUACUGAUAAACGUAGUUUAAAAUAAUGUAUCAGUUGUAUUUCGUACAAAUUAAAGUUUUCAAUUAUUGAUA